UCUGUCUCUUCGUCGUCAUUAGCUUAAGAGCAUCCAUCAUCAUCCUCCACCUCAACUACUCCCUUCCCCCAAGAAGUAGAUUAGAUUCGCAUAGAGUUUCUUCUUCUUCGAGAGCUCUCACCCAACACGUUCCCAUGGCUAGUAACAACAACAACAACAACAACAACCUCUCCGAGCAACCUCCUUCCGACGAUUUCUUCGAGCAGAUCCUCGGAAUCUCCAACUUCUCCGCUUCCUCCAGCUCGGGUGAGCUUUCCGGACUUCCCGGAGGUCUAAGCGGAGGCGUAGGUCCACCGCCGCCGAUGAUGCUUCAGCUCGGUUCCGGCGAAGAAGGGAGUCAUCAUAAUCAUAUGGGAGGAGGAGGAGGUGGGCCUUUGGGGUUUCACAACGGGAUGUUUCCGUUGGGGUUAAGCCUCGAUCAAGGAGGGAAAGGACAAGGCUUUCUUAAACCCGAUGGAAGUGGGAAGCGUUUCCAAGAUGAUGUUGUUGAUAAUCGAUGUUCCUCCAUGAAACCUGUUUUCCAUGGGCAGCCAAUGACACAGCCAGCUCCACCAAUGCCGCACCAACAGUCUUCUAUCCGACCUAGAGUUAGGGCUAGGCGAGGUCAGGCCACUGAUCCACACAGCAUCGCUGAGCGGCUGCGUAGGGAGAGAAUAGCAGAACGGAUCAGGGCGUUGCAGGAACUUGUCCCUACUGUCAACAAGACUGAUAGGGCUGCUAUGAUCGAUGAGAUUGUGGAUUAUGUAAAGUUUCUCAGGCUCCAAGUUAAGGUCUUGAGCAUGAGCCGUCUUGGUGGGGCCGGUGCUGUUGCUCCACUAGUCACUGAAAUGCCAUUGUCUUCAUCAACUGAGGAUGAGACGCAGGCAGUGUGGGAGAAAUGGUCAGACGAUGGGACAGAGCGUCAAGUGGCUAAGCUGAUGGAAGAGAACGUUGGAGCAGCGAUGCAGCUUUUGCAGUCAAAGGCUCUUUGCAUAAUGCCUGUCUCACUGGCGAUGGCGAUUUACCAUUCUCAGCCACCUGACACAUCUUCAUCAGUCGUGAAACCGGAGAUGAAUCCUCCUCAGUAGAUCUUUGCAUCCAAGCUUCUUUGCUCUCAAAGUAGGAUUUGUGCAGUAAGAAGUAAAAAAAAAAAGGAAAAGGCUCUCACUUGGUUGGCCUAAUAUUUUUAUCAUUUUGAUGAAAGUAACUUUUUUUUAGCUGAAGAGAGUAACUUUUAAUGGGAGUUUGAAGAAGAGAGAGAGGCAUUGAGGGUAGUAGACUAAGUUUCAGACCUAGUAGUAGUCUUUGUAAUGAAAUGUGUGGGAAGGUUUUCAUCUAUAUUCAGCUUAAUUAAUAUA